AUGCCUGCAUCGUGCUGCAGGCAAACCAUUAUUAUCUUUGAUUGGGAUGACACCCUUUGCCCAUCCAGUUGGAUCCGCGCGAACAAGAAGGUCUUAAGCUUCUUCAAGCCUGCACCCACCACCGAGAAGUAUCAGAAGCCGCUGAGGGAGUUGCAGGCUGCGGUGGAGGUUCUCUUGAAGAUGUCCAUGAAGCUGGGGACUGUGGUGAUCGUGACCAAUGCCAUGGAUCCUUGGGUGGACACUUGGCCACACCAUGGUGGACAGCGAGCUGUUGGAGGAAAGCGGCGUGACGUGAUCUCGCCGGAAACCGAGGAAACCUCCUGCCGGAACUUUCUUCCCUCCUUAUUGCCCUUGGUGAGCACCUUACCCGUGAUCUACGCCCGAUCCAUCUUCGAGCAGCAAGGGGUCGAUGUGGCCCGGCGAGAAGAGAUCACAGCCUCCGAUCUGUUCUUUUUGCGCAGUGGGCGGUGGAAGAGGGAGAUGGCCCGCAGCCCAUCGGGCAGCGGCCCCACCCGCGCCAUGCCCGGGAUGUACGCCGCCAAUGGGCAGAAUCGCUUGGAGCAAGUGAACGUUGCCUUUGCACAAGAGAUUAAAGACUUCUACUCCCGCUACCAGCAUCAAAGCUGGAAGAACGUCAUCAGCGUGGGGGACAGCGUCUUCGAGCGCGACGCGGUUCGCCGCGUGGUCUUGCAACGACCGACACCACAAAAGAAGUGUCGCACCAAGACGUUGAAGCUCUUCGAUGAUCCAGAAAUUGAUGAGUUGGUCGCCCAGGUGAAGGUGGUCUAUGAUGUCAUCAAUGUGAUGGUGCAAUAUGAUGGUGACUUGGACAUCGAGAUCGACGAGGAGGAUUUGAAGAUGGAUGGACCUUUGUUGGAGAAGCUUCGUGAGUAA